AAAAAAAAGUCUGAAAAAAAGGAUGCAACAUCAUACCAAGUAUGGGAGAAAAUAACAGAAAGGUUAAGCAUGAAUCCAAUAGUCGUUGGAACCGUUAAAGAUGUCCGGAAUGAAUUCAAGAAUAUGGUACAAGAAUCCAGAAAAGUAACGCAUAAACAGUUGUAAUGGUUGGCUCAAAAUGUGCUAAAAGUCAUGGAUAAAUAGUUGACAUAAUAUAAGUAGCUAAGGGAUAAACUGUUGAAAUAGUUAGCUAAAAGUAAUGUAAUAUAAGUAAAGUAAAGUAAUACAAGUAAGUAUUUAAGUAUAGGUAUAUAUUUUUUGUUACAUUUGGCAUUGAGUAGAAGUUUGCAGUUCUUGCAGCAGGUCUGUUGAGAGGUUUCUUGGAGCAUCUCUGUGCAGCAGCGUGUUCCUCCAGCAGAUGGCGUCAGAGGAGAGCCUGAUGGAUGGAUGAUGUCUGGAUGGAGGAGGAGGAGGAGGUUCCUCCCGGAGCUCCUGUUCCUUUAAGGCCGGGUCUUCCAGCUCUCCUCCGGGCUGCUGCUGCCACGCUGCGGCGCCUGCUCAGUGCGUCUCCUGCUGCUGAACCAGGAUCCUGAACCAGGAGCCUCUCAGUCUCAGUCUGAUGGUAACCUGCGGACUGACGGAGAGACGCUGCUGCUGCUGCUGCUGCUGCUGUGUCUGUUGUUGUCCGGUGCUCCGGUCUGCUGGAGCUUUUCCACCGGAGAUGCCCCGCGGAGCAUCAGCUGUGUUCCUGCACGGAUAGCAGAGAGACACCCGACAACACGAUAUUGACAUGAAGAAAGACAUUGAGACUCUAAUAGCAGAGGAACGAGCUGAUAUCAUCUUGAAAUAUGCUACGGAGGAAGAGUUCACACUCGGAUCAUUUAGUGGUUAACAGAUACUCUGAGAAGGACGAGAGCGUAAAUACAAAUGGCCGGCAGGGCGGGGUGGAGAUCGAUCCCUGGGAAGAUGCUGACUACAGCAUCUACAAAGUCAUCGACCGCUUCGGCUUCAUGCACGAGGACGAGCUGCCAGCCCCGACGGCACACGAGGAAAAGAGGAAGCAGCUGGACAUAGAGAGGGCUGAGAAGUGGCUGAAGAUGGUGAAGAAGUGGGACAAAUACAAGAACAGCGACAGGAUGGUGAAGCGGGUGUAUAAGGGCAUCCCCCUGCAGCUGCGAGGCCGGGCCUGGGCCCUGAUGCUGGACGUGGAGAGGGCCAAGAGGGAGAACGAGGGCAAAUACGAGAAAAUGAAGGAUCAGGCCCGACUGUACUCGUCUGAGAUCAAACAGAUCGACCUGGACAUCAACAGGACCUUCAGGAACCACAUCAUGUUCAUGGACCGCUUCGGGGUCAAGCAGCAGUCUCUCUUCCACGUCCUCUCUGCGUAUUCAGUCUACAACACAGAGGUGAGCUACUGCCAGGGGAUGAGUCAGAUCGCCGCUCUGCUGCUGAUGUACAUGAACGAGGAGGACGCCUUCUGGGCGCUGUCACAGCUGCUGACCAAUCAGAAACACGCCAUGCACGGAUUUUUUGUUCCCGGGUUCCCCAAACUUCAGCGAUUCCAGGCACAUCAUGAUCAGAUUACCUCCAAACUCAUCCCCAAGCUGAAGAAACAUCUGGACAGAGAGCAGAUGUCUGCAGGGAUCUACAGCACUAAAUGGUUCCUACAGUGUUUCAUCGACAGGACGCCGUUCACGCUGACUCUUCGCCUGUGGGACAUCUUCAUCCUGGAGGGAGACAGGCUCCUCACCGCCAUGUCUUACACCAUCCUGAAGAUACACAAGAAGCGUCUGUUGAAGAUGUCUCUGGAGGAUCUCAGGGAGUUCCUGCAGGAGCAGAUCGCUCAGACCUUCUUCUACAGCGACGACGUCAUCGUGGAGCAGCUUCAGGCCUCCAUGACCGAGCUGAGGAAGAUGAAGCUGGACCUUCCUCCUCCAGGGAAGCCGGAGGAGCUCCCCCGUAAGCCUCUGGGUGAGGAGCUGCCGGUGCUGCUGAGUCCGGUCCAGUCCUCCAGAGGGAAGCCGUCCUCCGCCAGCGGGUUCCCCAGAGCCGGCCUGAGCCUCCACAUCAUCUCCCACCAGCCCGACUCCAUAUCCCCAGACCAGAGCCCCUCCAAGGACCCCCGGGACCUGGACGCCGCGGACGAGGACGAGGCCCCGCUGCCGUCCCCGGACCCCAUCAUCAUCCACAGCCAGGCGCCGCUCACCCCCGACGGCUCGCCGCUGACGGGGCCUCCGCCUUACCAGCCCCCGGGGAGCGAAGUCCCAGAGGGUCCCCCCUCAGCGCCGGAUCAGGAGAGGGACGUAGAAGCGCUCUCUCCGGCCUCCACCGACGACCAGCCCUCCUGUAAGGUCCCGAGGACUCUCUCGGCCCCCGUAGUCCAGGUGGCCUCACCGCCGGCGUCAGGCCCGGCUCAGUCUGAGGCGGAGAGGGCUGAGGAUCGCUACCUGGUCCAGCUGCUGGAGCAGGCCUCAGCUCUGCCCACCAACAAGAACCUGAACCAGGACUCGAGUGAAGCUUCAGAGGAAACAUGAGACGAGCACCAGUUUACUGAUCAUAUCCUCCACAUUUAUUGAUUAUGUCCUCCAUUUAUUGAUUCUGUUUCACCUGUUUGGUACAUUAGACGUUCUGUACGGGUCACGUUCAGGUGGACGAGGUUACCUGGAAUGUUUUAAUGAAGAACUACAGAUCAGAUUAAAAAAAUAUUUGAUCCGUAUCAGGAACAAUAUUAGUUUUGGUUUAAUUUGUCAGAUUUUAAAAGACAAACUAAACGUCUAAAAACGUUUUUAACAGAAGCAAAUUUCCUCCUUUUAGGUGUUUAAACGUGUUUUCACUUUGUCUAGUUUGUAAGCCAGCAUGCUGUUCUGGCUGUUCUGACCCACAAUCCUCUGCUCAGCAGGUAAAUGAGCAAGAGGGUUGAAGUUCAACGCGUCAUGUUAGGAGGAAAGGUUAGUAGGCUCGUUGGAGAUGAGCGCAGAAUCGAUCACCGCCGAUCGCCGCGCAAUGCACGCCGGUUAGAUUUGUGUCCGACUUGAUCGGUAGUGUCUAGAAGAGAACCAGCAAACUGGGGAAACUCUAGCGAGGUUCUUAAAGGUCAGAACAGAACAGGUCGCCGGGCAGCGACAAGUCUCACAAGAGGUUUUUGCAGAUCUCAGAUCAGAUUUUGCAGUUUGCGGGCUUCCUUCUAUACACGACCGACUUGAUCCCGACGUCAUGCACAAGUGGGCAACGAGAACCUCACGAGAUCGAGGCGGCCGCAACUUUUUAGAGCCAGGCGCCGCAGCUGCUCUCCGCCGACUGCAAGACCCAGGGCAUUAUGGGAAACGGCUGGCUGAGAGC